AUGAUUAUUCGGAUAUUGGCCAUCGCUGCUUUAUAUUAUCCAUUGAGUAUCGGAUUGACUUUUUAUCAGAAAUGGCUACUGAAGAACUACAAAUUCCCGCUGAUGGUCGUUUGUGGUCAUUAUUUGAUCAAGUAUGGAGCUGCGAUAUUUAUCCGUUUUCUCUGCGAAUUGUGCGGACCAAGAAGGGUGCGAUUGUCGUGGAAAGAACAGCUCCGAUGGCUUGCCCCAAUUGGUAUCUGUGCCUCACUUGAUAUCGGAUUAUCGAAUUGGGCAUUGGAAUAUGUAACUGUUUCUUUGUAUACAAUGGCCAAAUCAAGCGGAAUUCUCUUCAUCGUCGCUUUCUCGUUAUUGUUGAGAUUGGAAAAAUGGCGAAUCUCAUUGGGUAUGGAAGCAGCUUUUAUCGCUUCUGGUCUUUUCCUUUUCACUUGGCGAUCCUCACAAUUGGAUUUAACCGGUCUUCUACUGGUUGAGCUAGCUGCAGCUUGUACGGGUGUUCGGUGGAGUGUCUCACAAUUAGUUAUGCAAAACGAGGACAAUCACGCGAUCAGAAACCCUCUUGACAUGGUGGCUCACGUUCAACCGUGGAUGUUGAUCCCGAUUGUACCGUUGAUUCUAAUGUUUGAGGGCAGUAAAAUGUCCGUGAUUGAUCCGUUCGUGUAUCAAGGAGAGUACGCACCGUUGACCAUUUUCGCAUUAGUGUUCAUCGGUGGAAUGAUCGCGCUAUCGAUGGAGUUGGCUGAAUACCUGCUCCUUGUGCAAACUUCAGGGAUGACACUCAGCGUCUUCGGCAUCAUAAAGGAGGUCUUCACUCUCCUCCUUGCUCAUUUCGCUCACGGCGAUCAAAUCUCCGGAGUGAAUCUCAUCGGUUUAUUGGUUUGUAUGGGUGGAGUAGCGUUGCACGGAAUGAAUCGACAUCGACAACAUUCCCGUUUGAUCGCUUCAAAAGCGAAAGCGAAAAGCUCAUUUUCGGCUGAGGACUUGGAUUUGAUGCAUUUAUUGGAUGGAAGUGAUGAGGGAAAUGGUGAAGAGAUG